UUCCGGGGCAGGGCUGAGGACGGGCUCGUCAUCCUAGGAGACCUGUGUGAUCCUGGGACCUUCCAGCACGGGCUGCCCCUGCCAGUGCCCGGAGAAUGAGCAACGCCAAACGGAAAGAGGAGCAGGCCGUGUCCAAUGGGGGGGUGAAGGUGUCUCCCUGGAGCAAAGCCCUGCGAGGAGACGCCUCCUGGGAGGACAAGGAUGAAUUCCUCGAUGUCAUCUACUGGAUGCGGCAGAUCCUGGCCAUUAUAUUAGGGGUGAUAUGGGGUAUUGUUCCCCUAAAGGGAUUUGUGGGAAUAGCUAUUUUUUGCUUAUUGAAUGCCGGGAUACUGUACCUAUAUUUUAGCAGCUUCCAACACGUAGAUGAGGAAGAGUAUGGAGGGACCUGGGAGCUAACAAAGGAGGGAUUUAUGACGUCGUUUGCGCUAUUUUUGGUUGUUUGGGUAAUUUUUUACACAGCUAUUCAUUAUGAUUGACAAUAAUUUUCUAACAUCCCUUUUGCCAAAUUCCACCAUUUUGUCAACUUGAAAAGAUUCUUCAUCUUAUUUUUAAUACAAAACCGUAAAAAACACCUACAGUGAACGCUGAUGAUGAAGGGGACAGGCAAAUAUUUUUUUCUUAUUUUUUAAUACCAUUGAGUUGUGCAGUAGACCUGGGAGGAUCGGCUUGCAGGUGAGGACUAUCGCCAAAUGUACGUGAAGUUGUUUUCCUGCAUCCUCCGGCUCUAAUUCCAGGGCCUCGAUGGCGCACACAAUUUUUAAUCAUCUCAAAGGAAAAGAGUACAUUUUCUACUGUGGCAUCACAAGCAUGUCCAUGGUUUUCUUACGACGGCAGCCUGGGAUGUGAAACGGACGGUCUUGGCAAUAAGUGUGAAUGCUCAAGCAUCUAGAUGGGAACUUUAUUGGAGUUUUUAAUUAUGGGUUGACCAGGCUUUCAGUUAUAAAAGCAUCCGCAGUUCCGCACAUCUUUUGUAUUAUCCACCAGCUGAAAGAAUGUCUGACUUCCGUGUAACUGAAUAGCCUGCCCAAGUUUUUUUUUUUUACUGUUUUAUGACGUUUUCAUAUUCUACUGCCCCUUUUGGAUCACAGUUCUGCUAUUCCAGAAACAUUGGAAGGAUUGGCAAUGUGGAUUAGGUUUUGCUGUCCUGUAAGGCUACACAGUAUUGAAACGAGACUUUAUUUAACCUGGUAUGAAUGUGUUUUACAAUUAAAGAUCUGAUUUGUU